AUGACCCGUGUUCUUGUUUCUCGAGCGGCGCUGGCGCUCAGUGACGAUGCUGGAUUCGAAUGUAUCCUCACAGCAAUUCCUCUACUGUCCACAGGGAUUAUGUCCAUGGCCAUCUUCACCUUUCUGUUGAUUAUGAGAAGGACAGACCGCCUUGUCACUCUGCUGUUUUCUGCAUGUUUUAUCGGUUUCCUUGCUGCAAUUAUCGACUUGGGGCAAAUCCUCAUCCGUGGCCAUACCAACAUCGCCAAUGGCCUUGGUCUCCGAGCGGUUACCGGCUUCAUUCGUGCACGCGAAGUCUUCCUGUCUCUCUCUGCCGGAUUCCUGUAUCUGUUUUACUGGUCUUUUGCUGGCCAUCGACCUUACCCAAUGGACAAAGAAGCAGAGAAGAGCGUACCCAUGGGAUCCAUGAUGAGUCCAGUGCACUGUGCUCAGUGGGAACGCUGGGGUUAUAUCGGAAUAGCCCUCAAGUGGUCUUCUCUCGUCGCAUGCCUGCUCAUCGUGGCCCUUCAAAUGGUUUGGAGGCUUGCACCACAGCACAACCUCUAUGGAAAUAUUUAUGUCGCUUCUUCCACCAUUGAAACCACCGUUUCCGCCAUAUUUAUCCUUAAGCUAUUGCUCAAUUUCUAUCUAACCCCAGCGGAUUCACAGAAACGCGUUCUUCUGAACUACAUAACACCAAUCGUCGCCUUCGUAAUCAGCGCUGGGCUUGGUGUUGGGAAUCUUGUCGUUUUUGCCUUCACCGAAACCUCGUUGGGACGCUUUCUCCGAGGAGUCGAAGUUUACCUCCUGUUCAUCUAUUAUCUCGUCUUCACCUUCCGCAAGCAUGUCCGCUCGACGGCAAGCACACGCCCGUCGGUCAUCGAGAUCUUCCAGGAGGACGAGAAAGAGCGGUUUGGCGGCCGCCCUGGUUCCCAAUGGAUAUUACCAACAACCACUCCGCCUUUGGAUCCUUUGAGCCGCCUUGCUCACCAGAGUAACCGCACCUCAGCAUUCUCUAAAGUCUCGUCAUGGAUUGCUUCCGCUCGCAAUUCACGACGGUUGACGGUGACGGAGCAGUUUACCCGACCUAAGAGUUGGCGCCUAACCCUCAACCGCCCAGAAUCGGGCAUCUCUCUGGGCUCGGACCUUCUUGCAACCCCGACGAUGAAGACAGCACAGGAGGCCGACUUGGGCUCGGAUGCACCUCUGGGGAACAACACCAACACGGCUACAUUGAAGACCGCUCCUUCUUGCACCGGUGAUGAUAGGUCGAUGACCGAAGUCACCUUCUCUUAUUAUGGCGUGGAGCAUAGUCCCAUGGCUACGGGACAAACCAUUCCCCUCCCGGAUCGAGAUUCCAGCAUCCUCGGGACUGCAUCACCAGUAUACGGUCUGAAUGGGAUCAUAUUGCCCACGAAGGCGAAGGUUGAUGCAGAAUCCACGCUCCAGGCUCCUCCUCCCGCCGUUACCUCUCCUUCCCCCGGCGACGUGACUCCGGUCACCAAGCUUUUCCAAGAACAAAGCAUACUUGACCAGAGCAUAGCCGUCUUACGUCGUGUCCGUUUCGAACAGGACGAAGAUAAGCGGCCCAAUAAUCCUUCAGCAGAUUCGGUGGAGUCAGCGAGGUCAGCGGCGACUCGGUCAACGAUCUACAGCAGCAAAGUGUCCUCCCCAAAUGCUAGCGACUUCUCUCUGUCCGUGUUUCCGGAGCCACCUACCACCCCCGCACCGCAAACGCCCUCAGCAACGGGGUUCAGACAACUCCCGCCUCGUCCCACGAGCCCGGGAAAUUUCUUGAGACCCAGUCUCAAGCGGACACCGCCCACUGGCAUUAUUCCCAUCCAACUGGAACUCUCACAACGCCCAGAUAGUGCUUCUGGGCUUCCAUUCUCUCCAAAUUUUGACUCUGCUGGAACCCAAUACGAUGUCACAUCAUUCAUUGGCGAUCUUUCCAGUCCUCGUGGCUACCCUCCGUUCAGCGGCUAUAUCGCGUCCAGCGGAAUAAUGCCCAAUAGCGGCGCUCUCAGUAUACAGUCGACCGACGAUGGCGAUGGGUGGGAGCGCCCGGCCGCUGCAGACACGCCCCCAACGUCUACGACAUACAUCGAGGACAGUUCCCCGCCUCCGGCUGUCGCUUCGGAAACAGGUUUGGAAACGCCCCCUCCGGCACCAACUACAACUUCAGCACCCCCACUAAGAAGGACUCCCAGUCGCCCUCUUGGGUCAGCAACCAUGUCGAGCUCUUUACCGAAGCCAGGACAGAAACCUGUCGAACAACAGUCGCAAUUGCCCCCACAAAACUUGGCAUUGAGGACGUUCCUGACGAGAAAUGGAAGUAACUCAUCGACGGGAAGCCGUGUUGUCCCUCCUUUGGGGCCUCGGCAUUCUCGCAACAACUCGCUGGCGAGUACAAUCCGGGCACCAGGGCGAAUACCCACGAAUCCUAUCUAG